CAACAUUCCAAACUGAAGAGAAUUCAUUAAUUCAUUCUUUCAGAAUUCUAAACCCUCUUUUAAUCUGCAAAAAUUACUGAGCGCGUUUCUAUGAGCAAUCCAGUGGCAUAUUUUUACACCACAAGGAAGAGGAUUUCACUUCAGGUACCGAGACCCAAAAGUGCAGUUUACCGUGACCUGUCGAAGAAAGUCAAGUUCAGUCUUGGUGCCAGGCUGCGUGAAACGGGAGAGAUGUUCGUUGUGCCCGACUGCCACCACAAUAUGAGCAUCAGAGAGCUAAAAAACACCAUGGAAUUAGUGGUUGGGAUUCCCACAGACUUCCAGAGAGUAUGCUACCUGGAUAAUGGUGACCUAUGUGAUGACACCACUAUCCACUGUAAUGACAUCGUCCCUGGAACUACUGUCACCCUGAUGAUCUGGCCUUAUGAUGGAUGGUCUGAGCUUGUGAUCGCUGCAGCUACUGGGGAUGUAUUCAAGGUGAUGUGGCUUGAAAGAAGAACCUAGAAUAGUCUACAGCAGUCCUACACAGAGACUCUCUAUGUCUCAGGUCAUUAUUGAUCAUAGUAACAAAAAAAGUAAGGUUCUGAGUGGUGCAGCGGUCUAAGGCACUGCAUCUCAGUGCAAGAGGUGUUACUACAGACCCUGGUUCGAUUCCAGGCUGUAUCACAACCGGCCGGGGUAGGCCGUCAUUGUAAAUAAGAAUUUGUUCUUAACUGACUUGCCUAGUUAAAUAAAGGUUAAAAACCAUCAUCACCUAAUAGCAAUACUGCAUUUCUUUACGAGACUUGCUGAAAGACCCACCAUGGACACAUGCCUGCUGUGUCGAACGGUUGAUUAUUUUAAACAAUUUACUAUUUUUAAUUCCUGAAGAUGUAACUUUUUGUAGAUACCGAGUUUUUCCAGUACGCUGGCAAUAUCUGUCAUGUUAAUUUGGCCACGGAAAACAUU